AUGAAGGACUAUUCCGAUGUCAUCCUCUAUCCAGAGACAACUGAGCUGAGCAAGACAGAGUUCUGCAAUCCUGCUUUCGACCCUGAAGCAGGGCCUUCUUGCCCUCCACCAGCCUUACAGAAAGAUGCCAGCAGCAGCCUCAAAGCUCCCUGGCGUGCCCAGCAUCUCCGAGGGCUACAACCGGACUGCCAUUUCUCUUCCCUGUGUAUCCUGCUGCUCAGUGGCCUGCUGCUCCUGCUGCUGGGGCUACUGGUGACUGUCAUCCUGGCUCAGUUGCAGGCUACAUCCCUCCCUACGACAACUGAGAGCCCACUGCCCACCCAAGGCCUCGCCCCCAAGGGUAGCAUUCCUAGUACCAAUCCUAACACCAGCACCAGCACCACCACCACCUCUCCAGCAACCGCGGAGCAGCAGGAGGCAGCCGUGAGCCCUACACACCAGACCACCUGCGGAGGCCUCCUUCCUGGCCCGAGGGGUUUCUUCAGCAGCCCCAACUACCCAGACCUUUACCCACCCCACAGUCGCUGUGUCUGGCAUAUCCAGGUAGCCACAGGCCAGACAAUACAGCUCAAGAUUCAAGCCCUCAGCAUAGAAGGUGUGCUUGCCUGUCUUUUUGAUCGCUUGGAAAUUACCCCCGAGCCUUCAGGCCCUCUCCUCAGGGUGUGUGGUAAAACGCCUCCAGCCACACUAAACUCCAACACCAGCCACCUCCGUGUGUCCUUCGUCUCUGAUGCUGACGUGGAAGGGUCCGGUUUCCAGGCCUGGUACCAAGCUGUGGCCCCGGGGCAUUGGAGCUGUGCCCACAAUGAGUUCCGCUGCGACCUGCUCCUCUGCCUGACGCACGACUUAGUAUGUGAUGGUAUUCCCAACUGUGCCGAUGGAAGUGAUGAGGCCAACUGCAGCGCCAAGACCUUGGGGUGUGGAGGAAAUCUGACUGGGCUCCACGGGGUGUUCUCUACUCCCAACUACCCACAGCACUACCCUCAACAACAGCUCUGCACCUGGUACAUCUCAGUGCCCGUGGGAUACAGCAUAAGGCUACAGUUCCACAACUUCAGCCUGGAAGAGCAAGCUGAGUGCAAGUUUGACUAUGUGGAAGUGUACGAGGCCAGCAGUUCUGGAGCCUUCAGCUUCCUGGGCAGGUUCUGUGGCGCAGAGCCGCCACCCUACCUCGUCUCCUCGCGGCAUCAGCUGGCUGUAAUCUUUAAGACCGAUCUUGGUAUCAGCAGCGGGGGCUUCUUAGCCACCUACCAGGCCAUCAAUACUACAGAGAGUAAGUGCCCCUGGGCAGGGGGGGUAGAGUUCUGCCAGGACGGAGGGUGUGGGGAACUGCAGUGGAUGUGUGACCUAUGGAGAGACUGUGAAAACGACAGCAAUGACAAUUGCAGCAGCCACUUGUUCCCACAACCAGAGCUGACCUGUGAACCUGUCCAAGUGGAGAUGUGUCGCGGACUAAGCUACAGCACCACAGCUUUCCCCAACAUCUGGGUGGGCCUGGCCACCCAGGCAGAGGUGGCAGACAUCCUCAGAGGCUACAAGAGUCUGACAACUCUACCCUGCUAUCAGAACUUCCGGAGGUUCCUUUGCAGACUGCUUGUACCUCACUGCACCCCACUAGGCACUAUCCUACCCCCUUGCCGCUCUGUCUGCCAGGAGGCAGAACAACAGUGCCAGUCUAGCCUGGCACUACUGGGCACCCCCUGGCCCUUCAACUGCAACCGGCUGCCCGAAGCGGCUAGCCUGGAAGCUUGUUCCCAGCCCUGA